AUGUCGCAAAAGGAGAUCAUUCACCUCUCCUUCGGCUCCUUCUCCAACCACAUCUCCACCCACUUUUGGAACCAGCAGCAGUCCUAUUUCACUUACGAUCUUCCUUCCGGCUCCACCUCCGAUGUGCCACCCGAUGAGCCGCUGAUCGACCACGAUGUCUCAUUUCAAGCGGGCCAGUCGCCGACAGGACAGGACACGUACAGUCCACGAACGAUCCUCUUCGAGACGGAGCAGGAGUUUGGCGCGCUGAGCAAGCUCAAUGCGCUCUAUGCAUCGUUUCCUGCUGAAGAGGGGGGCAAUGUGGCACUGGACAGCCUGCAAAGCUGGGGACGGGAGGCUGAGGUGAUUGCGGCGGAAAGGGUGAGGACGAGCAGAUACCAGCAGAGGCUCGAGCAGGAGGAUCAGGGGUUGGAUCCUGGCUCGUCCGACGAGGAGGAUGUAUUGGAGGAGUCGGAGAUCGGGAUACCAAAGCAGCGCAGAUCAAGGAGGACGCAUCGAUUCUGGUCCGACUACUCGCGGACUUUUUACCAUCCCAAAUCGCUCGUCUCGGUCGGAGGGGAGCUGAUGGCGCCCAUGCCCGGUUCCUUCAACGCGACGGCUUCACCGGAGAACAGCGAUGGACGUGUACGAUUCGAAACGUUCUCCCAGGGCGCUAGGUACUUUAACGAACUUGAAGCACAACAAGAAGUGAUGGAUAGCAACAUUCGAUGGUUCGCAGAGGAUGCUGAUCUGCUGCAAGGUUUCCAAUACAACAUCGACACGUCGGACGCUUUUGGCGGGUUGGGAAGCAAGUAUCUCGAGAACCUCGCGGACGAAUUCCCCAAGGUCGCGCACAUGGUCUUUGGUGCGGCGUGGGGGAACACUGUCUCGAUACCAGAAGAAACCAGCGGGGACGCAGCAUGGGAGAACAGGCUGGCGAGGAUACGUCGCAUGAACAACCUGCAGUCGCUCGUUCAGCUGAUGGAGUUCUCGACCGUCGUGACGCCGUUGAGCGUGCCGAGCUGGGAGGCAGACUCGCAAGUCGGCGCGCAAUGGAGGCGCUAUCUAGGCAGGAUCGAUCUGGGCGACAUGCACCAUGCAGCUGCGCUCAUCUCGGCACAUCUCGAAACGGCGACGUUGGGAACACGCCUCAAGUCGCGCUCCGAGACGCUCUCCUCGCUCACAUCGCGCCUCAACUGGCGACGCGAUACAAAGCUCGUCCACCUCGGCGGCGCAUUACCGCUGCCCUAUCCGACACCUCUUUCCGGCUUCUCGCAAACCUCGGCAUCGUCGACGGACCCAGUAGAUGCACUACUUGCGUCGUACGGCUAUGGCGCGGACCGCGACUCCCGCCUGCGUCAACGCGGCGCUCCCCUCGAGUCCGAAUCCGAGCUCGCAGCGCGCGGCACCCAACUCGUCCUCUCGACAUGGCUCGACCUGUCCCUCCCAUCCUCUCUCCCCGCUGGCGGAAAGUCCCGCAAGAAGCUACUGUACAACCUCUCCCGUCCCUUCUCGCACACCGCCAUCCUACGAAACGCCGACCUGAACGACGCCCACUUGGGCCUGGGGAUGCUCGAUUCGCUCCUCACCCAAAUCCGCGAGCCCUUUGGACAAGGAGUCUAUAUCCCGCAGUCGUACAACGUGCUCUCGAGCUUUCCGAACUUCUUUACUCGUCUCGACGGGGGGAGGGCCAUCACUGCCGGCGCCGAUAAGGGGAAUGCCAAAGUGGACAGGCCGAAAGAUGUGCCCGUGCUGUCGUCGCUCAGUGCGACGCCGUCGAGCGUGUACCGGCUGAAGGAGGCGAGGGAGACGCUGAGCGAGGUGCUGAAGGGUCAUCUGCCGCUCGCGGCAUACGGGCUGGAUGGCGAGGAUGCCAGGGAUGGGUUGAAGGAGAUGAGGGAGAUGGUGGAGGGCUGGAUCGAUGCGUAUAGUGUCGGUGAUGAUGGAGGGGCGAGUGGCGAGGAGGAUGACGGGAUGGGGACGGAUGAGGAGUACGAUGUGGAUCAGAAGGAGGAGGAUGGGCUGGAUUGGGACAUGUAG